AUUUGAAACCCGAGACGCGAAUGGUGAGGAGCUAGAUCGAGCCACUCUAGGUCUAGAGUCUUUAAUCUGUAAAACUCAAUAAUUAUCAGAUGACCUGUAGUAAAGUGACCUCUCUUCUAAGAAUCUGGUUCACAAAGCCAGUGGUACUUCUAAGAUAGGAUGUCAUCAAAAGCGGUUCUUCCACCAAGUCGCCUCAGACGAUCGUCUCCAGAGACUACUGUUCAUCUCCUGCAGAAGAAGUUGGAUGUGGCAGAAAAAGAGACAAUCGGCCUUGUCCAUAAGCUGUCAGGACUAGGUUUCAAUGGCUCGAGCAGGCUGAAGAAUGGAGGUGGAGAGCAGAGGGGUGAUUCCUCGCAGAUGAAUUCACCAGACCCUAUCCAGCCCUUUAUCCCGAGGUCGGCUGAAACGGAGGUACUUCACAAGAACUAUCAGACGCUUGUAUCAAGGUUGUGCCGCAACGAGAGUCAGAUUCAGACACUGAGACUCAACUUUUGUUCAGUGCAGACUGCCAGAGAUCUGGCCAAGAAAGAAGCGGGGACAUUGAAAGAACAGGUCGAUGUGCUGGCUGAGACUCAUCAUGCCGAAGUGGGCAGGUUGAACAAGGAGUUGGAAAGGACCAAGAAGGAGUGCAGAGACGCGGGCGUUGCCAGAAAAGCCUCAGAAGAUGAGGCCAGAAGACUUCAGGCUGCUUUAAAUGAUGCUGCAUAUACUAACUCUGACUUCACCGUUGGAUUUGAAGAUAUCCAAAUUGCUAAACAAAAACUUGCAAAGAGAGUCAACGAGUUGAGAGAAGAAUUGGGGAGAGAGGUUAGUCUGCGUGGAAGCCUGGAAGAUUCGCAUGCCAUGCUCUUACAAAGAACAUGUGAAAUGGAGUCAAUACUUGAAAGCGAGAGAAGAGAGGUUGAGUCUAUGAACGAAAACUGCAUAGAGCUGAGACACGAAGGUGCUAGACUGAUGGAAGAAAAAAAUCAGGAGAGUGCAAGAAGGAAAGCCAUAGAAGAGGCUCUCACCACACUCAAAGCUGAACUAGCCUCAAAGGAUGUCAAAGUAGCAGAGCUGCUUGAGCAGAACAAGGUGUUUGCAUCAGCCUUAGCUGCCUCUAAGAAGACAUGCAGUGAUCUGCACACAGAGGUGGAGAAACAAGCCACGCUGGUCAUAGAUACACAGACUUUAUUAGUCCAAGUACAGUCAGAAAGAGAGACCUUACAAGAGUUUGUGCAGAAAAAUACACCUCAUCCUUCUCAGGAAGAGCAGUCUGUAGUUGCAGGAUUGGAGUCAAGGAUAAAUCUUCUUGAAAAACAGAAGCAGGACUAUGAAUCUAGACUCAGUCAGGAAAGACAAGGCAAGCAAAGUGUGCAGAGCUCCAGUUCGAGGAUAGAGGAGCAACUGAUUUCUGCCAAACUGAAACUGAGCGAGAAAGAAACGAUACAUCAAAAUGAGAUGGCCUCAUUGGAGCAUGCCAUUGGUGUUGUGAAGGAUGAACUGAAUGAAGCACUGAAAGAGAAAGAAGCUGUAUUGAGGUCAAAGGAUUCGCUUAUGGAUGAGGUGAAUCAGGCCGUGGAUAGUAUGACAGAAGAAAGGCGAUCAGUUCAAGAGAAGAUUAUUCAAGCUCAGGCUGAGGUAACAAACUUAACCAGACACAAAGAGGCAGCUGAGCAAGAUAAUUCACAGCUGAGGGAGAGGAUAUCAAUACUUGAACAACAUCAGUCCGCCCAUCAGAAAGUGGAAUCGACCAUCACAGAGUUGCUUGACAGUAAGAACAGGUUGGCCUACGAGAAGGGUCAACUCCAAAAUAGGGUGGAACAACUACAGAGGGACAUGAAAAGCAUGGACAAUGUUCAUGCAGAUGCAAGUAAGCUGAAAAGUAUCAACGCCGACCUAGAAGCAAAGCUGAGAGAGGCAAAACGUGAACUAACUGAAGGAAAGCAGAACCUGCAACACAUGGAGAAUGUUUUGAAACAGGAGCAUGCCAAUGCAAGCAGGAAAGAGGAAGACUUUUCACUCGCCAUCCAAGUCAGAGACAGUGCCUUGAAAGAUGCAGAGAAACUCAGAGAAGAACUUGAAGCUCUCAAACGCAGAGAAAAGCAGAAGACGACCACUCUACAGAAAAACCUCUCCGAUGCCAGGAGCGAUCACAACAAGAUGGCCGCCACGCUUGAGAGCAUCAUGACUUCCCAUGGUCAGCUUCAGGUUGUCGUGGAAACCUUCCAAACAGAGAUGGGCCAGAGGGAUCAUGAGUUAGCGGCUCUCAGACAAGAAAGGCAAAGUCACAAAAGAUCAACAGAAAAAAUGCAGAGGGAGGUGACCAGAUUGCAAGAACAGCUUGCUGCCAUGGAGACAGCUGACUCUAACCAGCUUGCAAGCCUUAAUAUAGAUCUCACUAAGGCUGCUCAGUCCCAAACCAAAAUGGCCACCAGACUACAAGAAGCCUUAGCAACCGUCUCCAAGCAACAGGUUGCUCUGGAAGGUCUACAAGGUGAAUUGGACAAGAGAGCUGCUCAAUAUCACAUACUCUCAGAUACUAGACAACAUGAAAAGGAAGAAUCCCAUCGGAUCAAAGAAGAGUUAGCAGGAAAGGUUGAGUCACUCAAGCAACAACUAAAAUCAACUCGAGACAGCAACCAAAAGAAACUCACUCUUGAGUUGAGUGAACUCAGACAAACUCAUACAGACUCAAAGUCCAGAGCUGAGAAGCUACCUAAAGAGAACAAAGAACUCCUGAGCAAACUAGAUGAUGUGGAACAGAAGCACUCCAAACUCAAGAUACGGCUUGCCAGUCAAAAGACCCAGCUGGACCAGUUUAGGAACACCCAGAGGUCCAACAAGGACCUAGAAACCCAACUGCUCCAGAUCCAGGACCAGCUGAAAGAGAUGGAACAGACGAAGACCGAGUAUGCCGCCAAGAAUCGGGACCAGUCCAGGACCAUCGCUAGCUUCAUGGACCAGAUGUCAGGACUGCAGAGAGAGCUGGGGAGUCUUUCUGAGAUCCAGAAAGAAGAAUCUUAUCAAUCAAGAGAUAAAGUUCGAAAGUUGGAAAAGGAUGCUGAGAAGGCCAGUCGUAUCCAGAAAGAAAAUGCCAAGCUGAAGAAACAACUGAGAGAAACGGAGGAGAAAACGUUAGCCACUGAGGAGAAACUAGCUGAAGCCAGCAAUGAAUCCCUCCAGAUUUCCAACCACCUGCAGGAGGCCCAUGACUGGUUCCAGUCUCGUUACAGCAGUCUCCAAAAAGCUCUGAGCGAAACAAAAAAGAAACAGGCCCUGCUGGAACAGACGGCUGCGGAACAGCAGAGGGAGCUCUCCCACGAGAGACAGAAGUCCGAGUCACAGACUAAGAAAGCUGAAGAGAUGAUCAGGGCCAGUCGUCAAGCUCUAAAUCAGUUAGCUAACCAAGCUGAGGUUGACCAACUUGAGACCAAGACUCAGAUGCACAACCUUGCCAUGCGAGUGCAAGCAGAGCGGGAUCACGCAACUUAUGCAGAUCACAAGAUGCAGAAAUUACUAAACACCAGUGCUGAAUUAGUGGAAGAAUUGACUCUCGAGUUAGACCGGUCCUACAGCAAUACAAGGCCUUAAUGAUGAUUUUCUAACAGCGAUUAGCGAUUUUUAGUUUAGACUCAGUGGCCCAAAUUCACAAAGGAGGUUUAAAUUUAUCCAUGGAUUAAAAUUAACGAAAACUAAGCGUGCCUUGCCUUGCACCGUCUAAUAUUGGACCUCUGACUUUGUCACACUUAUUUUGCGCUAUUUUUAGACCAUGGGUUGAAUUUGAACCUUUUUUGUGAAUUUGGGCCAGUAGGUGUAGAUCUUGUUGUUAUACAAUUUUGCAGCUGUAAAAAGCCUUUAUGAUGGUGCUCUGCGGUGUUUGAUAAAAAGUACACUUUUACAAAUUUCUUAUACACACGAUAGAUGCUGCCAUUUACGACGCCGUGGCGAUACAAAGUCUUCAGUUCUCCAAUCCCAUGGUUACAUUGGAUGAUAAUAAUCAUUUUAAGAAAAAAAUUUCAAGAUAAUGUAAUACAAACAUGAAGAGAAAAGGAAUAUUUGUAUAAUAUUGGAUGGUUUUGAGUGUGAUACAAGAAUACGUUGCUCGAGCUAUGACAAUAUUGGAUGAGUCGAAGAUGAGUCCAAUUCGUCAUAGCGAGAGCAAUAUUUACAUAGCAUUACACGAAAACAAAGCCAUACAAUAUUAUUAUAAAUCUAUAUCAGGCCGACUAGCCAAAUAACAAAAUUUGACUCAAUAAUCAAGCAAUGUUGUAUCGACAGCUGAGGUUCCCGGGUGACAGAGCAAUACAAAAACAAUAUUGAUCUGUCAUUCAGGUACUGCUGUAAAGAUAUUAAAUACACUGAUUUAUUGUACCACUUGGAAGCCUUAUAUAGAUAAUAAUAGUAUAUAUAUGGUGCCAAACUAACAUUCUAUGCACUCUAUAAUUGUUCAUUUGUUGUAUACCACCGAUAAUUCUUCAGAUGCUCGGAUCUUUCAGCACUGUAUCUCUUAUGCAGCUUUUCUCCCUUACACUAUGCAUGUUUUGUAGUAUUUUACUUGCCUGGCAUGAUCUGGGGCCCAUUUCAUAAAACUUGUUAUCUAUAACAACUGCUAAAUUUCUAUGUCAAAUUUUCUCUUAGCUAAUCAGAUGCCAUGAUUUCAGUAGCUUAUAACAGUAGCUUGUAACUUGUUAUUGAUAACAAGUUUCAUAAAACAGGGCCCAGAUGUCUUCUCUUCACCUGCUUUAUGUAAAGAUGGUUUCCUUACCGAGAGGAAUACUAUCAAAACAUUUAUAUUUUUCAGACAAUAAGUGAAUAUCAGUUAUAUAACACCCUAGCAGUGAUUGGUCAAUUAAGGAACAGCUAUGACAUCAUCAUUGCUGAAUGGCUGUCAGCUACAUUUUGGAUUUUUAUAUCAAUAUGUGAAAAAAUGUACAAAUUUGGAGAUGGGAACAUUUCACCAUUGUUCUUAGAUAUAUGACCAUGGAUCAUUUAGGACAAAAUAAAGUACUUCCCUGGGGGAGACCGUGGAACUGAAGAAUUCUGAGGCUUGGCCCAUGGUCUAACAGUCUCUCAUAUGAAAUAUUUUAUAUCACAUGCAAUUACCUGUUUAAAUCACUAUUUAAAAAAAAAUUGCAGAGUACAAUUUAUACUGCUUUCAAUGCCUGUUUUAACCAUUUUUAUUCAUCAACCAUACAUAUAAGGUUCACAAACUUUAAAAUUACUGAAAUAUCUUUGAUUUAUUUUAACAUCAAUGCAGAGGCAUGCAAAUAUGAAUGUUGCUUGAAUGAAAUAUACUUACACAUUAUUAUACCAAAGUAGCUCUUUUUCUGUGCAUGUAUUAGAACAUAAAAUAUGACAGUAAGCAACAAUGUGUCUUGAGAAUAAGAUAAAGCUGUUAUAAAAUUUACAGAUGACAUUUAUUGUGCCAAACAAACUGAAAAUGUACAUAUUGUCCAUACUAUUUAUUUUGUAAAUUUGGGGAUUGUUCAUAUAUAUUUGAUUUCUGAAGCAAUAAAGAGGUUUUAUUCAUGAAAAA